AUGGGUGAGAGUGGAUCAUCGCAAAUGGAGAUGAACUUGACAGCGGCUGAUUUCUUGAGAGAUCCAUCAGAUGCUCUCGGUCAGAUGACAAAAGAGAAGCAGAGAUUGCUUGAAAGGAAGUCGUCAUCACAGAAUCCGAAAGCUGAUGGUGGCUGUAUCAAAAGGAAACGACGACAGAAAAAGUCCAGUGCGGCGGCACCAUAUGAUUCGAAGCCAUAUUCACUGAGAUUACGACCGAAAAAGAAGAAGAAACGAAUCCAGUUCAAGAAUGUGAAAGUUUAUUAUUUUGAGCGGUCGCAGGGCUUUACGGCUGUGCCCACUUGUGGAGGAGUAACUCUGGGAAUGACCUCGAAACAUCACGAUGAGAAGGAGUUCUCGUUAAGUGAAUUCGAGCGAGCCAUGCGCAAUGAACAGAUAGCACGAUAUAGGCAACGAUGCGCCGAGCGUGCAGCUCGCUUAAGGAUCCACUCGGAAUCGUCACUGAAUGCAGCUAAUGCGAUACAGCCACAACCAUCACCACCACAACAGCAACAGCCGCAUCCU